AACAUAAACAACAUUGCUCUAAAUUCGCUCUCUAGACCCCGAAUACCAGCGAAUUUAGCAUCAUUUUGUAGAAAACUUUUAUCCAAUUUCAUCUGAUGUGAAAUAUGUGUAUUUUCACCAUGUUUGGUACGGGUACAGGUUUUGAAACAUGAUCAGAAUCCUCGGCAUCCAUGUUACAGGGCCUAUGCAUAUCAAUUAACUCAUCAUGGCGACGAAGUCGGCUCGUCUUGUGUGAUUUCGGGCAGGAUUUCUAGCGAUAUUUCUACGUGUUUUACAUCUUUUUGAUGGUAGCAGCCCUUGCGAUGGUUUGGAUCCACAUCCCUAGAUGAUCCCCCAGCUGUCCCUGCCGCACAACACAGCAGUAGCUAUAUCAGCGAGCUGGCGCAGCUCAUCUCAGCUUCCAUAUCGGACAUGAGUACUGUCACAUUUAAGCCAGAGAAGCGUGCAAUACUUCAAGAAACGGUCAAGGAGAUUAACAGGAUCAAAAGAGAAUCGACAAAUCGCCCAAACGAGGCUGUACAACAGAGCGACGUGUCAUCAAGCAAGCCGACGAUUCUGGCCAAUGAGGUACUAGGACCACUGCUGCUGGAGGCACUGGACGGUUUCCUGUUUGUUGUUAAUAGUCAGGGGAAGGUGGAGUUUGUAUCUGAGAACAUCGCACAGUACCUCAAGUACAAUCCUUGUGAUGUUGUAGCCAAAAGUAUAUAUAAUAUCAUCCACGUAGGAGAUCACGCUCAGUUCAGCAGCAGUUUGCUGCCCAUGUCAGUAGGUGGCAGCUUGUCUUGGCCAAGAGAAGGAUCACUAGGCAACUGUAGCCGUACGUUCUACUGUAGAAUGCUGAUCAAACCUCCAGGAGAGGAGGAUGAUGAUGUAGAAGUGAAGCAGACCCAAAUCUCCCAGUAUGAGACUAUGCAGAUCAGCACCAUACCUCAGAAUUACUCUUCUGAUAGAACACAGCUCCCCCUAGACUCAGAUAUUCAGUCGUGCCUGGUUUGCAUUGCGCGUCGUCUAAGCCUCAGUGAGACUCCAACCACGACAGCGAGCACAAUGCUGGGCAUUGAACAGUUUACGACAAAACAGGCACCCACUGGCAAAAUACUCAUGUGUAACAUGAGUGAAAUCAAGAGUGCUCAUUAUAAGUAUACAGAAUUUGUGGGCCAGAACAUCCAAGACUUCUGCCAUGUUAACGAUGUUCAGCAAUUAAGCAGACAUUUGCAGGAAGUUUUAAAAAAUGGAUCGGAUACCAGUGGAGUGUACAGGUUUAAGAUUCAGGAGACUCGUUACGUUUUUGUCCGCUCCACCAGUAAAUUGGUCAAGGAGGGGGAAGAACAGUUUGUAUUGUCCACACAUUCUAUCAUACGGGAAUGUGACACUGAAAACGAGAUGAAGGGAUCGGCAUCCACAAGUCUUAUGAAGUCGAUAAUUCAGUCCAAUGCGGGCACACCGCAAAUGAAUUUACUGGCGUUAGGGAGCUUAAGAAGCAAUUUAAACGUAAAAACACUCAUUGGCAGUGGGCGUCAUAGAAACAACCAAUCACGAGGAUUAAAUUUGCACCUGCCUAGCCCUGGACAGUGUGUGAAUGACUUGUUAUCGGUGAUGGAGCCUGGAAUGUGGGACAUAGGGGGCAGCACUGGGGAACUGAGUAACGCUGUGGGAAGUAACAGUCAGUUUGGCGCAGAAAUGUUUCAAGGGAUUGGAGGAGGAGGAGGUAGUGGAGGCACUGGUGGCUUGAACACCACAGACACAUUUCAGGGAGGUAGGAAUAACAACAUUCCUGCCGCCAAUAUAUCCUGGGGCAGCAUGGGCAGCCCGCCCCCUGCCUCCCCCCAGGGCGGCGUCACCCCCCAGCCUGGAGGACUGGUCAAUUCGAUGCCCAAUUUUGGCAGGCCCAUGAUGAGGCAGAGACAAACGAGUGGUUCCCGUAGAAACAGCCAAUCAGGGCAUGACCCCACAGGUCAAGGGUCACGGCAAAGAAGUCCGGGAUAUGCCGGUGCCGGCUCAACGUUUGGGCUGUCGAUGAACUUUAACAGUGCAUCUGGGCAGAAUAAUGGGCCGGGUGCGGGGGCGUACACGUCACAAAGGAGCCCAGGUGUUACAUCCCCAGCCAUGCGAAGCCUACGGAGUCCGUCCUUGGCGGCCAAUCCGGUUGGUGGUCCCAAUGUUACCAUGGACCCCAGCGGAAAGUUUACAACCAUACAAAGACAGAACUCGGUGGGAAGUGAUAUUAUGUCUCCUACGCAGCGACAGUUAUCCGUGGGAAGCGACAUCAUUUCUCCCACUCAAAGCUUGCCAAGCAGUGUGUCUAGUGAUGAUGGGCGGAGCUUUCUGCUAGGCAUGCCUACACAACCUACCACCCCUCUGACACCCAGUGUUAAUUCUUGGAUGUCUGACUUACACAUUCAGCAAGGUAGUACAACAAAUUGGCCACGUAGUGGGCCACCUACUCCCACCACCCCCCAGCCCCCAACCCCAACCAGGCGGAACCCAAAAAGUCCAAUGGAGUCCAGCGAGACUGUAGACAUUCGUGCUAGCAUGAAAAACUGGUCUCCACAGAUCAAAGAGCAGAUUUAUAAACUUUGCCAGCAGAAGCAACCGACCGGAGAACAAAAGCAGCGUCUGACGCAGCUUUUGCGCGAGAUGAGUCGGGACGGGGCACCACAUAGCAACACCAUCACCACCACCAGUGCUGCCACCGCUGGGCGAAAUUCAGAAAACGGGGGACGCCUGCGGUCGCCAGAACACCAGUCCCCCACCCCGGGGCCCGGCACGAGUCCCCCUGAAGAGCCCCAAAGUUCUUCCAUGAGUGUGGACGAUAACCUUGACAGUGAUGCCAGUGGUCAAGGGACGAAAGUCAAGGACAAACUGACCGAUAAUACCAUCCUGAAACAGUUGUUAAGUCAAGAUGACGACAGUUCUAGUGCGACGGACGGUGGUGCUGACAGUAAUGGCGAGGUUGCUGUGAAGGGAGAUAAUUUAGAACGGAAUGAGGCAGAAGCAAAGAAACCAGGAAAAAAUGUACUCUUAAAGAAACUUCUAAAUGAAGAUGAAAAGAAGCUGGAAGGGAAGAAAAAUAACAUGUUGUUAACAAACCUGCUGAGCGAGGAGGAGGGGACAGUCGCAGCAGCGGAAAGUACGAGUCAGGAAAAUAACGAGCUGACAGGAGCACCAUCUUCAGGUCUCCUUCAGCGCGAACUGGCAUGCGAUACCACCCCGUCGUCAAGUCAACAAAACAACGACGACUCGUUCAGCAGCCUGUUUAGCAACUCUAAUAGCAGCACAGAGACUUUUUCACGAGGAGGAAUUUUGGAUACUUUCUUGUCAAAUUUGUGGGACAGGCAAACUGCAGAAACAGAUGUGGACAAUGUUCGUCAGCCAAGCGCCCUGAAGCGAAAACUUUCCACACAAGAUGUCGACAGCACCGAAUGCAUUGACACUGAGCCUUCAUCCUCAGGAGGUCCUAAAGGUGGCGCCGGUGGAGGAGGAGGAGGAGGACAGAAGAAUCAGCUCCUUGCCCAGCUUCUUACCAAACGUAGCAAGGAGUCCAAUGUGAGUACAACUACGAUGUCCAGCGCGAUGGUCAAUGCCACGGAAACACCGCAAAGUAAACUGCCUAAGAACCUUCAAGCUAAGAUUUUGAGUCACCCACAACAACAUCAUCAACAACAACAACAGAGCCUACAGCAGCAACAGGGUACGUUGGGGUUCAAAUCGCCAGACAGCACCGCUGAUGCCACCCAGGAAUCCCGGACUGUGAACCCUCGGGACAACCCUCAAACCAACCCAGACACCCCAUUCCCAGGCAACACAAAUGUGAAAGAUCAGGGCACAGCCGAGGGCGGGGGGAGCAGCAGUGGCACCAACAUCCCUGCCUCUCGCCCCAGCAACCUGGCGUCCUCCACCAAUCAGGAGAAUCUGGCUCAGUUGUUGAUGGCGGGUGGCGUGCAGGCCAUGCAGCAGCCCGCGUCAUCGGAUUCAGCCCCCACCCCGGCCCCUGUCUCUCUCAUGUCCAUGCCUCAAAACAGCAGCUUGGCCUCCAACGACCCUCUCCUAGCACAGAUCUUACAGACUGCCACAGAUUUACAAAACGAUAUCUCAGGCUCAAAUAAUUCAUUCCGGUCCAGUAACCAAGAUGGCGCAGGCGGAGGAGGGACACUGACAUUUGACCAGCCUAUGACGGACGAUCAGACUUUGUUGUCACAGUUGGAGCAGGCGCUCUAUUCCACGGACAUGCCUUUUCCAGAAAUCGAACAUUUAUUGGGAGGUCAUAGCUUAGGCCAGCGGGGGACUUUUGAUGAGCAAAGUGCUAUAGAUGCUAUAGAGAAACAGUUGUUGAGUGACAUGCCCCCAGAAUUGGGCGGUGGGCAUGGGGCGCAGCAUCAGAGCGGCAGUAACACAUCCACAACGCUGUCCUUCUCUUCCCCGGCCAUUAGAGGUCAGGAUCAAGGUCAAGGUCAGAUGAAUAUGGGUCAAGGUAAAUUAAGUUCUUCUGGCCAACAACAACAACAGCAACAACAACAGCAACAGCAGCAACCAGGAUUGUUACAACAGCAGUUGACACAGAGGGUGCCGUUACCACAGCAACAGCAACAACAACAACAGCAACAGCCAGCUACCUCACAACAGAAUAUGAAUUUCGGUCAGGGAAGGGGGAGGUUCCAAGACAGUAAUUUUGGAGGCAUGAAUCAGCAGCGAUCAAAUUUUGCCCCAUUAGGAAACAACAAUGCCUCACCCAAAAUGUCCGCACAAGUUCGCCAGACAUUGGCCUUGCAGCGCCAACAGCACCUGCGGCAACGCUUAGUCCAGCAACAGAUGGCCAAGAAUCGAGCUUCACAAAUGAUUCGUCAGCAGCAGCAACAGCAGCAAGGGUUUUCAGGGUCUGGGUUUGGGCAGUUUGGGCAACAGGGCAUGGACCAGCAGUCUCAGAGCCCUAUCCCAGAGAACUUCACAGAGUUGUUGAACAGCGGGGUGGCCCCCAAUGUGUCUUUGCCAGUUCAGAGAACACCUGGCAUCCCAAGUCACACCAACUCCCUCUCACCCGGGGACAACUUUAUGAAUGUCAUGGGGUCCCAGGGCAUGAUGGGACAGGGUCAAGGUCGUAUGUCCCCUCAGAUUUCCCCUCAGUACAACCAGUCACAGAAUCAGUGGAAUGUGCACCAUUCUCCUGGAGGUGGGAUACAGAAUACCAUGAUGCAGCAGGCACGUGGUAACCAAUAUGGCGGCAUUCCUCAACGUCAGAUGACCAGUCACAGCCAAUCAAUGGGCGGUCAAAUGUCUGGAGUGAUGACCAGCCACAGCCAGUCCAUGGGGGGUCAGAUGUCCGGAGUGAUGACCAGCCAGACGAUGGGCAGCGGUCAGCAGAAUCAUUUCCAGUUUCCUCAGCCCGACUCCCAGUUCAACAGCCCAGGGGGGAAUCCACAGAUGAACAUGUAUGGACAGCAGCCUCAGCAGCAGAAUAUGAUGCAGAAUAGGAUGAUGCAGAGACAGAUGAAUAUGCCAGUGCGUGCACAGUCUCCGCGUGGCCAGUUAAGUCCGUACGGCAGUAACACGGGCCAGCCGCAAGACACCGUAAUGAUGUCACCCAAUAUGAGUCAGUUGUCACCGUCAUCGCAGCUGGCGUCCAGCGGCAUGUAUGCUCAGACGUCUCCGCUGUCAACAAGCUCCCUGCAGGGUUCAUUUGACCAGGAUAUGGGACUGUAUAGCAAUGCCAUGGAUAUGAAUGUUUCUACCUCCUCAGCUCCUAAUGCCACAUCUCAGUUUGUGCGGCAGGAAGUGCGUGCCAUGUGCAGCGCGCGACUACAGAAUCAGCAGCAGCAGCAACUACCUCCCCCUCAGCAACAACAACAAGUAUUACAAAACCAACAACAGCAACAACAGAUGACUUUUGAUACAGGAGAAAUACCUAUGGACCUCAUUGACCAAAUUACUGAGUUAGAAGCAAUUUCACAGCAACAGCAGCAACAGUCACAGCAGCAGCAACAGCCUCAACAAACGCACCAUCCACAUCACCCUAAACAGUCACCAGGUGGCAGCAGCGGGGGAACGCAGUAUGAUUCUAAUGGUCAGCCAAUCAGAGAAGAAGUGGUUGUGUCACAGACGCGCCAGGAAGCCAGACAGCGAUAUCAACAAUUCCGACAGUUGUCGUCAGGAGUAGUAACGGCAGUGCCUGUGGUGGAGGAAGAUCCAGAGUCUACAGCCACCAACGUGUUCCGCAAUCAACUCCGCACACCCGCGCAAAUAGCAGCGGCCAAUCAAAACAGUCGACAGAGAGUUCCCUCUGUGAGGGACAUGCCUCAAGUCAAUGUAGUGCAGACAGAGCCUAGGGCUCCAGUCGAAGACCUGCGCCCAGCAAAUCAGAGAAACAGCCUACUACAGCAGCUUCUCUCUGACCCUUGACCUUUGACCUAUUAUAUAUAGGUUACCAUGGAAACCACCAUAGGGGUCACCGCUGGCAAUGUGGUCAGGGAUAAAGGUGUCUCCAAGUUAUUAACUAAUUCCAUAUUCUUUGGUUUAAAAAGGAAAUUGGAUAAUACAUUUCCGUUUUAUCUUCGAUGAACAGCGAGAUAUCAUCCCUUGCAAAUAUAAUUGUCUGCCAAAUGGUUACAUGGCUGUCAGGAAUUAAUUUCUGGAAGGUGCAAAAGUGAAACUUCUGCUUCUUAUGGCCACCAGAAAACUAAUCCCUAGAUGGCAUGACAGUUCUGCUAUAGAGGGCAUCUCAUAAACUGUCGCAAGAGAGGCCACUGUUUAUAUGUAUAUAGAUACUUCAGUUUUCUUCUGUGUAUAUAUAAUAUACUAUGAUGAAUUUGUAUCAAGAAGAUGAUGACUAUUUGUGUAUUGAACAUUUAGAAAAUAUUGUCAUGAUUUUUCCGAUUCUCUCCUGAUGGUAGUCUGUAGCACUAAUGGUAGUGUUUUAAUCAAAGUAUAACAUUUAUUUGCAAGUCCUGUGAAUAUAUAUUCAUAAAUGUAUAUUUACAUAUACAUAUAUUUUUUGGGCUCAGAUUAGGUUCUUAUGAUUAUGAAAUGACAAAAUAUAGUGUUACCAUCCUUGGCGAAAUUGUAGGCAUUGCUAGGUGCUUAGCACACUCUUAUUGGUUCUUGUGUUGAUUGUUUUUAUGCCAAUGCAUAUUCAAAUAGUAAUUACGAUAAUGAUUAUUUUUAUGACAGUUGUAAUUUGAAAAUAGUUUCUAGUAUUUUUGAUUAUGCUCACUGAGACAGACUGUGUUCAACUAUAAGACAAUUUAAAGGCAUUUCAAACAUUUCUACUUCAGAGCAGUAAUAACAGUGUAUUAUCCUAUGGAUAAAUCGGGUAAAGUGUCUGAUCAUUAUAAAUUGUUGUCUUUGUAUAGACAGUGCAUCCCAUAGAAAUGUAUUAAGUUUUUUCUAGUUGGAAAUGUAAAUAUGAUUAUGAUCGUCUUAAAUGGUAUUUUAGUAGGAUAAGCAAAAUCAUUAAUAGCAGUCGUAGGAACCUGGAAAGUAACUUUUUUUUUUUUUUUGUAAAUGUUAAAUAGUCAUAAUAUCGAAUAACGCAUUAUGAAAUGAAUCCUCGGGGUUUUAGUGAUUUUCAUUGUACAUAAAGGGAACUGUUUUUUAAUUGUUGUUUUACUUUUUUGCUCAAAAUGACUAAUCUGUCCAUAAUAUUGUAUAUAUUUGUCGUCACAUGCCAUAAACAACAACCUCAGACUUUCUUGGAACACAGUGCCACCUAGUAACAAGCAGAAAUGCUACAAAAUGUGACCUCUACAUUUUAGAUUUUUAAAAAGUAGUGAAAAUAUUGGAGCAGAUCCCUCUACACUCUGGGUGCAUUCUAUAGGAGUGCCACCUACAGUUCAAAUGAACAACUGAAAUGUGCUUCAAGAGGUGUUUUUUGUAGUUCUGAGAGGCAAGCCUAUAGGACAGUUUCAUAUGAUGAUACGCCUUGGGAAUGGGUUUAAUUUCAAGCCAAGAUGAAUGACUUGGAUACAGUGUUCAAUGGGGAAACCCUCUACAUACACAAUAUAUAUUAUAUAUCUCAUAACAGCCAUAAUGUAGAUACCGGGCUCCAAGUACGUGUAGCAUGUUAAGGUGUAUCUCAUGGAUAGAAAUUAUAUUUUGUCAAGAGAAAAUAAAUGUUUUUCCUUUC